AGAGGCAGCGUGAGGGGGCUCUGCUCCUUUCGGUGGGUGUUUCCUUCGAGAAGUUUGCCUGAGGAGGACAAACGACAGAAAGAAUAAUAAAUAAAAGAAGACAGAGAUUGGGCGAGAGAAAGAGAUGUUGGUCUUCUAUUAUGGCUUGUUUGGAUCGCAGAGGGAAAGGGGGACGUUAGGAUUCCAGAUACCGCUCGGAUUCAAGCAACAAAAGAGCGUAUCGAUUUGGAUGCGCUCUUUCUCCAUGUAAAAAUCCUUUCUCUACGUGAAGUUUUUACCGAGGAACUGAGGGGGGAAAAUCUCUCCUUUAUCUCAAUCUUUUGGAGAAAAGCGAGGGACCAAGGAGAAAAAUUUCUCCUUUAUCUCAUUCUCUUGCAGAAGAGAAAGGAACCGAGGGGAAAAACCUCUCCUUUAUCUCAGUCUUUUGGUGAAGAGAGGUACUGAGGAAAAAAAUCACUCCUUUGGAUAUCGUUCUCUCGGAGAAGAGCGACAGAGGGGGGAAAAAAUCUCUCUUUUGUCCCAAUCUUUUGGAGAAGAGUGGAGAGUACGGGAGAGGUUGGAUUGAACAACGAUGGACGAGGUGGCUCCGAGCAAGUUCAAGAGGAUUUGCGUCUUUUGUGGCAGCAACUCCGGCAACCGAACCAUCUUCAGCGAUGCAGCUAUUAAUUUGGGUCACGAACUGGUGAAGAGAAGAAUUGAUUUAGUUUAUGGUGGGGGGAGUGUGGGACUGAUGGGUCUGAUCUCUCAGACAGUAUAUGAUGGAGGUUGUCAUGUCCUCGGGAUUAUUCCUACGGCUCUCAUGCCCCUUGAGAUAUCUGGCCAAACUGUUGGUGAAGUAAAAACUGUUUCUGACAUGCACGAGCGUAAGGCUGAAAUGGCCCAAAAGGCUGACGCAUUCAUUGCCCUACCUGGUGGAUAUGGAACAAUGGAAGAGUUGCUGGAGAUGAUAACAUGGUCACAGCUAGGAAUUCAUAAUAAACCGGUUGGGCUGUUAAAUGUUGAUGGUUACUACAAUUCCUUGCUUGCACUAUUUGACAAUGGUGUGAAGGAAGGUUUCAUAAAGCCAGCUGCUAGACACAUAGUUGUUUCUGCUCCAACUGCAAAAGAACUGCUAGAAAAAAUGGAGGAAUACACUCCAUUGCACAAAGAGGUUGCUCCACGUAUAAGCUGGGAGAUUGCACGCCUAGGUUAUUCAAAAGCACCAAGUUCACCGUGACAUCUUGAUCCUUCUUGAUAUCAUUUCUUUCCAUUCUAAUGUGAUUCUUUCUUUAACAAUUUAUCUGAGAAGCCUCAUGCAUGGGCAUGGCUUUUUAUAAGAUGUGUUUCUCCUAUCAUCUAAUAUCCUAAUAAAAUUACCGUUGCCUGCUUUAUUUUUUCA